AUGCGGCGCGCAGCUGCUAUCACUAUAAGAGGAGGCCUAACAGGCCUGGGCCGACUGCAUCCGUACGGCUCGGGCAGCGGUUCGAGCAGCGGCAGCGGGCGUCGGAGGAACCGUGCCCGCGGCCUUUCCGAGUCGCCGACCGCGCCGACCACACCGACAUCCGCGUCCGACAACGCCUCUGACGCGACACUGACCGACUCCGAGUUGCCGCUCGCGAGGGACUCCACUCUGCUCGUGCAAAACGUCUCGUAUGGCGCCACUUUGCUAACGUGUCCCCGCGGCUUAUUUUCCUCGAUGCCUUUACGGGACGAACCUGAGUACAAAGCAGCUUGGAUCCAGCUUAGUUUGCUCGAAAGCACAAAAGAGUUCCGUAUCAGUCGCAUUCGAUGGACCCGAAAAUGUGCGAGCCCUUUGAAGGACCAAUCCCUUAAUACUAAUUGA